AUGCAAAAUACUAUGAAAAUGUACAUUUUGUGGGUAAUCUUCUUGGGAAUUGUAGUCAGAAAUUCGUAUUCAAUUAGAGAUCAACCUGAACAAAACUCAAGUAACCAAUCAGACUGUUGGACUGAAGAUCAACACCUACCACACGAAACAAAAUGCCAUCUAUACUAUCGUUGCGUUUACGGAAAGAAAAUUCUGAAGAUCUGCCCGACAAACAAACUAUUCAACACACAAAUAGCCAACUGCGACGACAAUUACAAUGUCAACUGCGGGCUCCUCGACAUUGACCUUCAAGACGAAGGUGAUAAUCUAUUCAGCAUUGACGAAAUCGACUGGGAAAAAGACGGCUCAGACCCUUCAUCAGAAAACGAUCGAGACCUAGUCGUCACCGAUAUGGAACCCGAGUUCACUACCCCACCCAGCGAAUGCCCCGAAGUCACAGACCCCUACGAAGAUGCCCAGCUUCUACCCCACGAGAAUGACUGUAAUGCCUUUUAUAAGUGCUUCAACGGUAAGAAAUACCUCAUGUCCUGUCCCGGCAUACUGCAGUUCAAUCCCAAGAUUUUCGUUUGCGACUGGCCGAUGAACGUGAAAUGCAGAGCAAGGGUGCAGUCGACAGAAGAAUCUUCGACACUUUCAACCCUUUGUCCGCAAACUAGAUGUCAAGAAAGUACUGUGUAUUUACCGCACCCCAAAGACGUCAGACAUUACAUCAGAUGCGAAAAUGGCAAGGAGGUAGCUGAGGAAUGUCCUGAUGGCCUGGUUUUUGAUCCCAAUAUACAUACUUGUAAUUUUCCAGCUUGAUUUUCAUAGAAAAACAGUUGAACUAAUGCAAUUAUCGCUAGAUCAAAUGUUUUGGACAGGGUUGCAGUCAACAUCGAAUAUGACAGAACAGUCUUUUACAUUUUCAUCCCUUUGACCGCAAAAUCAAUGUCGUCAGACGUUACAUCAGAUUCGAAAAUGGCAAAGAGAAAGCUGAAGAAUAUCCUAAUAGUCUGGUUUUUUAUCCUAAUUUAUAUACUUGUAAUUUUCCAGCUUCAAUUUCAUG